UAUCCUACUGUUUUUAAGUCAUAUUUGAAUGUGCUUCCAUGAGGUAAGUAGUGAAAGCAGAGGCUUAUCAAAGGUCCUCUGCUCUUGAAGAAAAUCUUUCUUAGUUUAAGCAUUGUGUGUUACACACUGAGUCCUGUUCUUUUCCUUUUUUCUGACAGUAGCUCUUCAUGGAGGAACACGGAGUGACCCAAACCGAACACAUGGCUACCAUAGAAGCCCAUGCAGUGGCCCAGCAAGUCCAGCAGGUCCACGUGGCCACUUACACUGAGCACAGUAUGCUGAGUGCCGACGAGGACUCGCCUUCUUCCCCCGAGGACACCUCCUACGAUGACUCAGACAUACUCAACUCCACCGCUGCUGAUGAGGUUACAGCCCACCUGGCUGCUGCAGGUCCUGUGGGAAUGGCUGCUGAUGCUGCCGUGGCAACCGGAAAGAAACGGAAACGGCCUCACGUGUUUGAGUCUAAUCCAUCAAUCCGGAAGAGACAGCAAACACGUUUGCUUCGGAAGCUUCGAGCCACAUUAGAUGAAUAUACUACUCGAGUGGGACAGCAAGCCAUUGUCCUCUGUAUCUCACCCUCCAAACCCAACCCUGUCUUUAAAGUGUUUGGUGCAGCUCCUUUGGAGAAUGUGGUGCGCAAGUACAAGAGUAUGAUCUUGGAAGACCUGGAGUCUGCUCUGGCAGAACACGCCCCUGCGCCACAGGAGGUUAACUCCGAACUGCCUCCUCUCACCAUCGACGGAAUUCCAGUCUCUGUGGACAAAAUGACCCAGGCCCAACUUCGGGCAUUUAUUCCAGAGAUGCUCAAGUACUCCACAGGUCGGGGAAAACCAGGCUGGGGGAAAGAGAGCUGCAAGCCCAUCUGGUGGCCUGAAGAUAUUCCGUGGGCAAAUGUCCGGAGCGACGUCCGUACAGAAGAACAAAAGCAGAGGGUUUCAUGGACCCAGGCACUACGGACCAUCGUUAAAAACUGUUAUAAGCAGCAUGGGCGGGAGGACCUUUUAUACGCUUUUGAAGAUCAGCAAACACAGACACAGGCCACAGCCACACACAGUAUAGCCCACCUCGUACCGUCACAGACAGUAGUCCAAACCUUUAGUAACCCUGAUGGCACUGUUUCGCUUAUCCAGGUUGGGACAGGGGCAACAGUAGCCACAUUAGCUGAUGCUUCAGAAUUGCCCACCACAGUCACUGUUGCCCAGGUGAAUUAUUCUGCUGUGGCCGACGGAGAGGUGGAACAAAAUUGGGCCACGUUACAGGGAGGUGAGAUGACCAUCCAGACGACGCAAGCAUCAGAGGCCACCCAAGCUGUAGCAUCAUUGGCAGAGGCUGCAGUGGCAGCGUCUCAGGAGAUGCAGCAGGGAGCUACGGUCACCAUGGCACUUAACAGUGAAGCUGCCGCCCAUGCUGUCGCCACCCUGGCUGAGGCCACCUUACAAGGUGGGGGACAGAUCGUCCUGUCUGGGGAAACCGCAGCAGCUGUCGGAGCACUUACUGGAGUCCAAGAUGCUAAUGGCCUGGUCCAGAUCCCCGUGAGCAUGUACCAGACUGUGGUAACCAGCCUUGCCCAGGGCAAUGGGCCAGUGCAGGUGGCCAUGGCCCCUGUGACCACCAGGAUAUCGGACAGCGCAGUCACCAUGGACGGCCAGGCUGUGGAGGUGGUGACGUUGGAACAGUGACCUGCAGCCGGAUCAUGGCAUCGUUUUCUAGUCUACUUCAGAAUUUUUUACACGUUUUUGCAGAGGUGCAAUCAAAUGGAAUUAAGUCUCUCGACUUUGGAAGAAAUGUUUUGUUAACCUUUUUUUUUAAAAGGAAGAAAGGCAGUGGUUUUUGGAAUUGCGUUUUUAAAGCACCACUCUUGAUUUUCUGGGAUUGGUGGAAUAAGAAACUGCGUUGUCAAUUUCACUGUCCCAAAAAAGCCAAAUUGUGGCAGGACUUCUUUCUGCGGAAACAUAUGUCUACUUAUGUGUGUGUGUGUGAGAGAGUGUGAAUAUAUGUAUAUGUGUACAUAUGGACAUACACAUUUACAUAUAUAUAAAGUAUAUAUAUAUAUACACAUACAUAUAUGUAUGUAUGUAUGAACCCCGCAUGGAAUUUUCUGUAUGAAAUCCAGGUGAGCUGUGGAAACAAUAAUUCACCCAGUUUAGUGGGUGGUAGGGUACGUGGCCAGACACAGUCACCCA